AUGGAUAAAGUGUAUCAAAAAUUGACAAUGACGCGAUAUAAACAACAAACUGACUUUCCAGAUGAGGAUGCCAGUAGUAUUGGGUCAAUUCAUUUAAAUGUACGAACUAGUCCAAAUAUGCAUAUACGAUUUGCGAAUCGGGGCUCAUUUUCAUCGUUAUGGCAUCGACGCAGUAGAUUAGAGAAAUAUCUUUUAAUAAUAGCUUUAGUAUUAUCCAUAUUAUGUGCCAUGUUAGUUAUUGUCUCAUUAAAAGAAGCAGAAACAAAGACCAGAAUUUUGCAUGUGAAACAACAUCCUUAUAUGGAAAUGCCAUGUUUAGAGAAGCAGUGUGUAUUUGCAGCUAGCGAUAUAUUGAAGUCAAUUGAUGAUAAAGUUGAUCCUUGUGAUGACUUUUACGCAUAUGCGUGUAAUCAAUGGAUCCGAAAUAAUCCAAUCCCAGAUGGCAAAUCCAUGUGGGGUACAUUUGGCAAAUUGGAACAACAAAAUCAGUUGGUCGUGAAAAAUGUCCUUGAGAAAAAUGAAACGUAUUUCAAGUCAACUGCUGAAAAGAAGGCAAAAAAGUAUUUUGAAAGUUGUCUUGAUGUUGAUGAAACGAUGGAGAAAUUAGGUGCAAAGCCCAUGCAAAAAUUGCUUAAAGACAUUGGUGGAUGGAGUGUAACGGAUCCAAAUUUCAGUAUUGAGAAAUGGACAUUACAAAAAGUUCUUCAGAAGCUUCAUAAUACUUACAAUAUGGGCGGAUUGUUUGGAUGGGCAGUUGGUGAGGAUGAUAGGAACUCAUCCCGACACAUUAUACAAAUUGAUCAGGGCGGUCUCACACUUCCAACAAGAGAUAAUUAUAUUAAUCGAACAGCACAGCAUGAAAAGAUACUGGUAGCAUAUCUUGAUUACAUGACAAAAAUCAGCAUGCUGCUUGGAGCCAAAAACGAGUCUACGGCAAAAAAACAAAUGCAGGACAUUAUCGAUUUGGAAACCAGAAUAGCUGAGAUAACAGUUCCAAACGAGGAAAGGCGUGACGAGGAAUCACUUUAUAAUUUGAUGACAUUAACAGAAUUGCAGGAAAAGGCACCUUUCAUUAAUUGGCAAAACCACUUUGAAGACGCUUUUCGCUUAGUAAAUAGAAAAAUUUCGGAGAAGGAGAAGGUCGUUGUAUACGCUCCAAAGUUUUUAAAGGAUCUCACUCCACUUAUUGAAAAUUACACUAAAACAGAUGAGGGAAAAACUACUCUUCACAACUACCUUGUUUGGCAAACGGUGAGAAAUUUUGCCGCGUGUUUAUCGAAAGCUUUUCGUGAUGCUUACAAAAAUCUCCGUAAAGCCUUAAUAGGCUCAGAUGGCGGGGAAGAGCCAUGGAGAUAUUGUGUUACAGAUACAAAUAAUGUCCUCGGAUUUGCUAUUGGCGCAAUGUUUGUCAGAGAAGUAUUCCAUGGUGACUCGAAACCUCAAGCUGAAGAGAUGAUUGAUGAAAUAAGGACGGCAUUUAAAGAAAAUUUGAAGAGUCUUAAUUGGAUGGAUCCUGAGACACGAACACUCGCUGAGGAGAAAGCUGAUGCUAUAUCAGAUAUGAUUGGAUUUCCGGAUUAUAUUCUUGAUCCAAAGCAAUUAGAUGAGAAAUAUAAGGAUUUAGAGAUUGAUACAAAGCAGUAUUUUGAUAAUAAUUUAAAGAUAAAUACGUAUAACUUGAAGAAAAAUUUAGAGAGAUUAGAUCAGCCAGUCAACAAGACACGAUGGUCGAUGUCACCGCCAACAGUUAAUGCUUAUUAUACGCCAACGAAAAAUCAAGUUGUCUUUCCUGCAGGCAUUUUACAAACACCAUUUUACGAUGCAGCAAAUCCUAAAUCUUUAAAUUAUGGAGCAAUUGGUGUUGUUGUUGGACAUGAGAUCACACAUGCAUUUGAUGACCAAGGAAGAGAAUACGACAAAUAUGGAAAUCUGCAUCAAUGGUGGAACGACAAAACUAUCAAAAAGUUUAAAGACCGAACAGAUUGCUUUGUCAAACAGUAUGGAAACUACAAAAUUAAUGAUAAGAAUCUCAAUGGAAAGCAAACCCUUGGAGAGAAUAUUGCAGAUAAUGGAGGAUUAAAAUCAGCUUAUCAUGCAUUUUUGAGCUCUAAAAAGAAUUUAAGGCCAUCAGAUCUUCAUCCAUUGCCUGGAUUGAACAUGACCCAUGAACAAUUAUUUUUCAUUUCAUUUGCACAAGUCUGGUGUUCAGCAAUUACAGAUGAAACAAUCAGUUUACAAAUUGAAAAGGAUCCACACAGUCCGCCAAACUUCCGAGUCGUUGGUUCACUUUCAAAUCUUCCAGAAUUCGCAGAAACAUUUAAUUGUCCGAUAGGAUCACCGAUGAAUCCAUCACAAAAAUGUGAGGUAUGGUAA